UAAUCGAAUCGCAUUCCUCCAGUUCAAUUUUGUUUUUGUGUGUUUUGUUUUUCUAUUUUUUUAUUUAACGCAUCCGAUUUGAUUUUCUCUCGGUUUGUUUUCGAACAGUGGUGAAAUCAGGAAAAGUAAAUCGCCUUGCACUGCGGGCAGCCGGACAGCUGCACAGCUACAAUGGCCUUCCGCCAGUCGGAGCACGAAAUGAGCGUCACCUCUUUAGAUUCGAGCGUCGAGCUGCGAUCGCGCUCCCCGUCGCCGCAGAUCUUUAAUCCGCGCAAGCUACGCUUUGCCGAUGACGAUUUUGACAAGGACACGCACGAAGAAGCGAGUCCGCAGCCUCCUCUCCAGCAACGGCAGAAGCUAUCCUCCGGCGGAAGACCGCAGCUGGGCAACAAGGAUGGCGACGGAGACGGGGACGUGUCCAUGUCGCCUCCGUGCCAAAAGGUGCGAGCUCUGCGCCUUUUCAGCACCCCAGCCACACCCAAGACCAUCCUGCAGAAGUCUACCACCCAAUGUAGCAACCAUCUGUCGGCAGCGGCAGCGGCAGUCAACGCAUCCCGGCGCAGCGAGGACCUCUUCCGGCUAUCGGAACGACCGAGAUCCCUGCCUCUGCACAACCGCAAACUGCCCGCCCAGGACACUGCGAAUGUGAAUCCCUUUACGCCCGAUAGCUUACUGGCUCAAAAUAAAAAACGUUGUCGCACACAAUUCGGACGCGAGAACCUCAACCUUAAUGUGAAUGCUAUGCAAAAGUAUUUGCUCAGCGAAACCUGCGACGAGGAUGCGACGGAGGAGACAGGCGACUCUCUGCGCGAGAUCCACCAGCAGGCUCCCAAGCGGCUGGCCCUGCACGACACAAAUAUCAGUCGCUUUAAGCGGGAGUUCAUGCAGGUCAAUGUGAUUGGCGUGGGCGAGUUCGGUGUGGUGUUCCAGUGCGUCAAUCGCCUGGAUGGAUGCAUCUAUGCGAUCAAAAAGAGUAAGAAGCCGGUGGCAGGAAGUUCUUUUGAGAAAAGAGCCUUAAACGAGGUGUGGGCCCAUGCGGUUCUGGGAAAGCACGACAACGUGGUGAGGUAUUACUCCGCUUGGGCGGAGGACGACCACAUGCUAAUACAGAACGAGUACUGCGACGGGGGCAGCUUGCAUGCCAGGAUCCAGGAUCAUUGCUUGGGCGAGGCCGAACUGAAGAUUGUGCUUAUGCAUGUAAUCGAGGGCCUGCGCUACAUCCAUUCUAAUGAUCUGGUGCACAUGGACUUGAAGCCGGAGAACAUAUUCUCCACCAUGAAUCCGAAUGCACACAAGCUAGCUGAGGAGCAGCCGCAGCAGACCAAAGACGACGAUGGCAUGGACAGCGUCUACGAAGAGCUGCGCCACUCGGAGAACUUGGUUACGUACAAGAUCGGCGACCUGGGCCAUGUGACGUCCGUCAAAGAGCCCUAUGUCGAGGAGGGCGACUGUCGCUACCUGCCAAAGGAGAUCCUUCAGGAGGACUACUCGAAUCUCUUUAAGGCCGACAUUUUCUCGCUGGGCAUCACGCUAUUCGAGGUGGCCGGAGGCGGUCCGCUUCCAAAAAAUGGACCCGAGUGGCACAAACUGCGAAACGGAGAGGUUCCGUUCUUGCCGAGUCUGAGCAGGGACUUUAACGAGCUAAUAGCUAUGAUGAUGCACCCAGAUCCCGAUAAGCGGCCCACAUCGCAGUCCAUAUUCAAUCAUCCAAUUCUGAGCGCUGUCGACUCAAAGAGCAAGCUGCAGCUCGGCCUGGAGUUGACAGUGGAAAAGCGCAAGAAUGAGAUACUAAUGAACAAGCUGAGGGAGGCCAAAAAACAGAUAAAACAACUAGAGCAAAAGGUCAACCUUCUUGCGGUGGCCAACAAUCCGGAUAAUCUGGAUGGUCAGCGAUGCCUUCGCUCCUUUACGCGACGCAUGCGCACGCCGUUCUCCAGCCAUGGAAAGUUCGAUAGCAUAUCCGAUCGCAACAAGAACGUGAUCACCAAUAUCUGAUAAGCUCGCACCUCGUACCAUACCGAUAGCCAAACUCUUCCGAAUCGAACGUGAACUAAGCUCACAUUGUGUUACCUAUUAAGCGUAUUCCUAUAUUCAUCAAUAAUUUUUUAAAGUUUUCGCUUCGUAAAAUCCUAACCCCCAAUCUCAUAACCCCUUGUAAUUCAUGCUCGUGGAUUUAGAAGCAUUCGUAAUAUAAUAUAUAUAUUUUCCAGGCUCAGUGAACUUUUCUUUGUAGAGAAAGCACAAUCGUUUUAAGAAAAGGCCCCGUAAAUCAUAAGACCAUCGCGUAGAUGUAAUGAGUAUUGUUUUCGAAAUUAAACUAUUUAUUAUGUUACAUGGAAAUCGAAAUUAUAACAUUCCAUUCGUUAAAUAUAUCGAAUGCUAUUCCA